GAAAGCGAAAGCGAGAGUAGCGCCCCGGCCGAGCAGCCCCGAGACAAGCGGUGAGUCUGCGGAGCUAAAGGGCGCCUGUUGCUCCAGGCCGGCUCCUCGCGGCAGGGCGCGGCCCGCCUAGGCUGGCUCCCCUCGCCGUGCCGGGGCUUCUGGCUAGCUGCAGUCGCGAAGUGUCGGCUGGUCUCGGAGUUCAACGCGGGGAGAAUCUGGAACGGGAAAGUUUCUGGUGCUGUGGCUGCGCAGGGAGGUCGCUUUCAUUCCGCUUUCCUUUCCAGGGAGGUCGUGAUGGAUCUCGAUGAGGAGCCUGACGCAUCAGCAGGUGAGCCUUGGGUGAUGAUGCCAGAACACAUCUUGUGGGAAAUUGAGAAAUAUCAGGAGAACUGUAACGCUUUGGAGGCUGAUGGACUGUCCCUGGAAAAGGGCAGGCAGGAAAGUGAGCAGGAGGCAUCCAGGCUGCGGGCAGAGGUUGAAUUGCUCCAUGAACGGCUCCAGCAACUUAAGACGGAGGCCCAGGCUGUGGCUUUCCAGGAAGAGCUUCAGUUGGCGAUGGAAGAGAGAAGCCAGUUGCUUCAACAGAAAACAGCCUUGGAGAGUGAACUGGAGCAGCUGCAGAGACUGCAGGUCGAGCAGGAAGAACAAUGCAAGGUGCCGCCAACCCCUCCUGAGAGGUUUCUGGUGUUUAAAGGCCGCACAGAAAAGGACGUGGACGAAUCUCUGCUCGACACGCUGUCUGUCAAACCCUGGAUCUGCUAUCCCUUGCCUGGUGGGACAGCGCUGGUCACUUUUGAAAGUGCAGAGGUUGCUCAGAAGAUCAUCGCUGCACGGAACCAUCGGGUUCAACUGGACGAGUGCAGCUCCAUGCAGGUGAAGGCAGAACCGGUGGAACUGCUGAUGCCAUCCUCCCUGGAGGUUGUCUUGGAACGAAGCCCCCGGCAAGUCCUGCUGUCCGGACUGCGCUUCCCAUCCCUGACUGAGGAGCAGCUUCUGGACAAACUGGCGCUGUUCUUCAGCAAGCGUCAGAUUCAGGGUGGGGAAGUAGAGGACAUACAGCGGCUGAGCGGCCCUGGCCAUGUAGCACUUACGUUUCUGGAUGAUGGAGUUGCUGAGCGGCUUAUCCAGAAAGGCCAGUUCCAAGUAUCCCUUGGGAAGGAGACAAGCAAAGUCAAGGUGUCACCCUACUUAGAUGGAAAAAUAUCAGAUCUGCAGCUCUGUCCUUCAGUCUGUCCUCGGACCGUCCUGCUGUCAGGGAUUCCUGGUGUCUUGGAUAAGGAACUGAUGUCUGAAGUUCUGGAGAUCCAUUUCCAAAAGCCCAGCAAGGGUGGGGGAGAGGUAGAAGCCAUUGCCUAUGUCCCACCUGGCCAGUGUGCAAUCGCUGUCUUCGAAAGGGAAGAGAAUGGAGUGACUGGCCUUUCUAGCACCGGGCCUGCUGGUCACUCAGAUACACCUGAGAAGGACAAUCUAGAAUAAUGCAACCCUUGUUUGGAGUUUUGGAGAAAAAGGAGAAAGUUUUGGUAAUCUGAUUCAUAGGUCGGAUCAGGAAAGUAGUUGUUGCUGAGCAAAUCUCACCCAAGUACACAAAUGGAACAGAUUUUCUUUUGAUACCAAGUAACCCAGGUGGGUGUGAGCAGCCAAGAUGGGGGUAGCAGAGCCUCUGUGCUCUGGAAUAAAGGCAACCUCUUUCCUGGCUCUUGGCUCUGCUGUGCUCUCGUUCCUAUCUUUUUCUCUGCUGGGUAGGUGUUUUGCAGUUCCUCUUUGAUAGUCACAUUACUUGACAGAUGUUUGCUUGUCCCCAGAAAGGGCAAAAAGAAUCUCAAAAGUACAAUAAAGAGAGUGACAGAAUCAUA